UCCCUUUCAGAUGAAGCAUCCGGCUUAGGUUUUGUCACAGGUUUUCAUUUUGUUAAUUGGCUUGGUAGCUUCCAGUCAGGGAUGGAGGGCCUUGACCAGAUGAAUCCUUGCGCUAUCUGCCUCGGCGGCAUCGGCGCCGGCGGGGGGCAGGCCAUCUUCACGGCCGAGUGCUCCCACACGUUUCACUUCCACUGCAUCUCCGCCAGCGUCGCGCACGGACAGCAGCUCUGCCCGCUCUGCAACGCGCACUGGCGCGAGCUGCCAUUCGUGCGACCGGCGGACCCAAUGCCACCCGUGGAUGUCGUGCAGCCGCCGCAGCAGCAUCGGCGACUACCCAUCCAGCCAGCAGAUCCGGUCAUCUUCGACGACGACGAGCAGGUGGGGCUGGCCGCUGGGGCCUCGGCUGAUGACCGGCGGCCAUCAGGAACAUCAUACAACGGGGCAGUGGUUGUCAAGACGCACACCGACUACCCGGCCGUCGCCAGAGACUCGGCUCGCGACAACUUCGCCGUGCUCGUGCACCUCAAGGCUCCCGGCACUGACGCGGCAGGCGACGCUCCGGCGCCACGCGCGCCGCUCGACCUCGUGACUGUGCUGGACGUCAGCAGCAGCAUGCACGGGAGGAAGCUGGCGCUGCUGAAGCAGGCGAUGCGGUUCGUCAUCGACAUCCUCGGCCCCGACGACCGCCUCUGCAUCGUGUCCUUCUCCUCCAGGGCACGCCGCGUGACCAGGCUCGCGCGCAUGUCGGACGCCGGGAAGGCGCUCUGUGCGCGCGCCGUGGAGUCCCUCACGGCACGCCCCGGCACCAACAUCGCCGAGGGGCUCCGCACGGCCGCCAAGGUGCUCGACGAGCGCCGGUACAGGAACGGCGGCGUCUCCAGCGUCGUGCUCCUCUCCGAUGGUCAGGACAACUUCACCCCGAUGAGGCAGGCGUUCGGCCGGGGACCGCCCAACUACGCAGCGCUCAUCCCGCCAUACUUUGCGCGCACGGACAGCGCUGCCGGUGAUCGCACUGCGCCCAUCCACACGUUCGGUUUCGGCAGCGACCACGACACCGCCGCGAUGCACGUCGUCGCCGAGGCGUCGGGCGGCACGUUCUCGUUUAUCGAGAACGAGGCGGUGAUCCAGGACGCGUUCGCGCAGGAGUGCGGUUUUUCUAACGGAUCCGGUAACUACCGGUGUCCAUCUGCCCGUGCGUUGGUUGGUUGCGAUGCGUGCUGGCCGAAGCGGUAUACUGAUUUUUUAUUGAGUAUUGCCCUGACACAAGCUGCGCUACUGAUACAAUACGUAUCUACUGGUGGCCCUUAGAGCUGCUUCUUCUCCGGCUUGCUCUCUCUCCCAUGAUUUAUCUCCUGUACUGGAUCGAGAUCCACUAAAUAAGCAGCGGCGAGGCGGCGCGGCGAGGCAGUUGGCGAGGCUUCGACGAGGUGGCGAUCAGGGACGGCGUCCUCCAUACAGACUUUGUCGGCCAGAACGGUGGUGCCGUACAAGAGCACCACCUCCUAGCGCAGCUACUCACCGGCGUGUGUUGACUUUGGUCUCCUCCGCUGAUUCCCCUUCGUCGCCGCUGCGUUACGCUCCAGCCCUAGCCGCUGAUUGGAACGCCGGCGUGGCUUCGGCUACCCUUAUGCAUCGAUUGCACGGCUCCCCGGUUAGAUUUCCCGUCGAACUACACCUAAUCCUGGACUCCCAGGUCACCAUGGCGCUCCUGAUUCGGGUCUCCUUCUGCACAACUUCCCCGUGGACGUCCCCCAGCUCAUGGCUGUUGUAUCUUUGUGUGUGGUUGCCGGAUGUGUGUUUGGAGGAGCUCUGUCUCCUCAGAUUUAGGGGAGUUUCUGGCCACUCAUAUUACAAGAAGUCACUGCAUCACCUCCAAUUUUAUUUUUCUUGGUACAUCGUAUCCAAUUUCUGCUACUAGCCUACUACAAUACUGUUGUAGAUUUCCCUUUAUUUUGUUGUUUGAUUUCCUUGCAGUAGAUUCAAUUGUUUUGUCUUAUCCGGUAGCAAUCUUUCAUCCCACAUCCUGUAGUAGUCUGUUUCUGAUUUCUUUGAUAUACACAUUCAGUUGAUCUGCUCCUAAUAGAACAGUGCACUGAAUUUCUGGUGUGGAUCAGCAGGUUAUGAAAUAUUGAUGGCAGGAUUAGUACGCUAGACAAGUGAUGAUAUACUGUUGGCAUCUUCUCUUCCGUAUGCUACUUCCAGAUGACCUUCUAGACGAGAGCCACCGGAGGACGACGAAGCAGCGGCCGCCACCAUGCUCAGAUUCGAGUGCUCACCCUGGGCUACGGCCAGGACGGCCGCGCCGUGCAUGAGCAAGGGAUCGCUCACGAGUUUGGACCUGCAGCGCAGCGCCUCGGCCUCCUCGUCGAGAGCCGCCGGAGGAAGACGAGCCGAGGCGGCCGCCGCCACCUUGUUCAUGUGCGGGCUAGGUUUGGGAUUCGCUUCCCGAUGUAGGAAUUGUUUUCUCUCAAUUUGAUGAGGAUGCAGAUCUGAAGAUUGAUAUAGGUGUUUGCUAUUUCUUGUCCGAUCUGAAAGUCAGUCGUCUAUCCCGUGUGAUUUCUAAAUCAUCCAAUUCUCUCUAGUUUAAUUUUUCUCCUACUUUUUUUUAUAAUGGCCCAGAUUGAGAAAUUCUUGUUAAAAUCCAUCAAAAAAAUCCAGAUUUGAAGAA